CCAAGCCUUCCCCGUCCAGCCCGCUCAUACAAUGCUCAAGGUCAAGCUACAAACGAUGCUUCUGCAUGAAAGCUCCCGGUGAAAUAACGUUGAAUCAGCGUGCUUAAUCAUAAGACUUACAACGCGUAUUCUGAUUUUCACACAAUACUUGGUGAUCUUUCUCUCUAUCAUUUCGCCGUCUGAGUUGAUUUCGCCGACGAAGUCACUAUGCCGCGUCUAGAUUCAGAUGAUAAGUCUGUUGAUGAUUCCAUUCCAUUCAAGCCUGCCGCUACGGCACCAUCUGUCCAUAGUUCCAGCAACAAUGAAAACGGCGAAGAUGAGGAUGAGUAUGUAAUUGAAGAGAUUGUAGGCCAUGACUGGGACGCGCCAACAGGAGAGAUAUUAUAUCAUGUAAAAUGGGAGGGCUGGGAUAACCCAGAAGAUUUAACUUGGGAGCCCGAGGCAAACCUUGCGUCCGCGCAGGACGCGCUGAAGCAAUACUACAAGAAGAUUGGUGGAAAACCAAGUCCCAAGAACAUGAACCCGCUGAGGGGAAAAGGCUCCAAGAAGAGAAAAGCAACUGAAACACCCAAAGGCUCUGUUGCGCGAUCAAAAAAGGGUAGAUCCGAGACGCCAGAAAUGAGCACAAAAAAGGUAAAGAAAGUUGAAAAUGUGGGUGAAGUUGUCAGCUGGGAGCUUCCAAAAGGAAGCUGGGAGGAAGAAGUUGCCUCGAUCGAUACUAUUGAAGAGGCCUACGAUGAUAAGGGUGUGGCCCGGAGAUAUGUGUAUUUGAUGUGGCGGAACGGAAUGAAGACGAGACAUCAACUCGCAACAGCAAACCAGAAGUGCCCCCAAAAGCUGCUGCAGUAUUACGAAAAGCAUUUGGUGUUCAGAAGUGCCGGCCCGGCUCAAAGCGAUGCAGACGUGUCAUGAAUACCCGGGAAUUUGAGAAGGAUGAAUGUGAGUUAGUAAUUGGGCACUACCUGGGCAGAAGGAAGAAAGAGUGCCUUGAGGAUGAUGCUCAUUGCUGUUACGGCAUUUAGGAACCGUUCGAUGCUGUAACGUCUGAUAUGGUCGUCGCUAUCCAGCAUUAAGACGCAGCUCAAGACAAGGAUCUCAAAUUCCAAAUGAGAUUUGUGCCUCUGUUUUGUACUAAAACACAGAAAUACGGUUUCAAAGCGGCACAGCACUAUGUUUGGCUUGUAUACUGUCACACUUCCAGCGAAAAGAAUAAUGUCACUGAAGCUAUCGCUGAGCAUUUUCCACGUGCAUAUGGUGGGAAGGUAGUGAUCUUUCGUCUCUUCGGGAGUUCGAACACUCACAUUAGGUACAUGCUUACUCCAUUUGCUCUUCAAUAUUUCCUUUGGUGGUUAUGAAUGGAUGAAGAAUAUCUAUGCAAAUAUAAUGUGUGAACAAGAUCGAGGAAAAUGGACCAAACUUAAGACAUCAUGGUCCAGAACCAUCUGCAUCUUACCAUGAUCUCAUGUCACUCGUCCGAUCUACAAAUUGUAAGCGACGAGGUUCGAAGGGAAGCCCAGGCUUUGAGUUGCUUAUACUGGAGUUAAAGCUUACUUUUACCUGGGGUGGAAUGGAGAAAACAUCGAUACAUCUCUCAAACCAUUCGCUCGAUAGAGGUGAAAGCCAUGCGUCAAGAAAAGAUUCGCUCCGUG